AUGACCUGGCCAACGCAAUCGGCGUGUCAAACACACGAGCGCGAGGGGCAUAACUACUGUCAUGAUUGCGACAGAACGUUCAUGAACGCCAACAAUUUGAGACAGCAUCUCAACUCCCGUACACACGUGGGUCAAGGCAUGAGUUGCCCUUUCUGCAAAGGGAGCUUUACCACAGCUACCGGCCUCACGCACCACCUCGAGAGGGGAUCAUGUCCGAGAGCGACAAACCUGAACCGUGAUACAAUAUUCAGAGCUCUUCGCAGCAGGGACACUGGUGGCGUCAUUACCAACAACUUGCUCGAGUGGCACGGCGACGGGCAGUACUCGGUCACUGACCGUGCGUACAAUUACAACCGCCGGGCCUGGGAAUGUUAUUUAUGUAAUCGACUUUUCAAUAGCAGCCACGGCCUGAACCAGCACCUGAACUCUGCUGCUCAUCAGUCCAACUUGUACCACUGCCCCAAGCAAAGUUGUGGCAAGCAGUUCAAGAACCUGGCAGCAGUCAUCAAUCAUCUCGAGAGUGAAUCGUGCGGCUACACACGAUUUGCUAAUGUUCAGCAGGUCGUUCCCGGUGUGCUGAGUGGACACAGGAUGAUUGGCUUCUAA